AUGCCCACUGCUACGUCUACAGUGGUUGGAGCUUUGGCCUGCCAGAGAGACUCUUUUCUUAAAGCCUUUGAAACUAGGGUUGUUUCAUGCAAAGAGUAUGAGCCAAUCUUGUCUGCGAGAGAUAAGCAGAAUAAGGGAAAGAAGAGCGCUGAAGACAAGCUCGAGAAAGGAUUGUUUUCAGUGGAACUUGAAGAUACUAUCUUGUUUCCCGAAGGAGGUGGUCAACCUUUUGACACUGGAAAGUUCAUUCUUCCUGACCUGAAGGAAGUAGAGGUUCUUAAAGUGUUAAGGCAAGAGCUCUCAGCGGUCCAUGUGGUGCCAGAAAAGGUUGAACCAGGAACUGUGGUGAACUUAAAAGUUGACUGGGAGAGACGUCUCGACAUCAUGCAACAGCAUACUGGACAGCAUUUGGUAUCUGCUGUGUUUGACUCAUUCGAUUUGGAAACUGUUGGCUGGUCAAUGGGAGACUCGAUCAACUACAUAGAGUUGCCAAAGAAGGUUGAUGAGAGUAUUAUUGCUGAGGCGUCGAGAAUUAUCAACCAGAGGAUCGUUGAAAACUUGCCAAUCAGUGUUUCUACCCCAGAUGAGCAUGGCCAUGAGAUUGACGUUUCUCACAUUCCAGAGGACUACGAUAAGUCCAAGGGUGUUGUUAGGGUUAUUUCUAUUGGUGAUAUGGACACUAAUCCGUGCUGUGGUACUCACUUGAAGUCUACUGGCCAAGUCCAGGCUGUCGCUUUAUUGCAUCAAACCAACAUCAGAGGAGGAAACUCUCGUUUGCAUUUUACUUGUGGUUCCAGGGUCGGUAAACUCUUAGAGAAGAACUACUUGAUGUUGAAGGAUGUUUCGGGAAGCCAAUUGUCGUGUCAGGUCGAGGAAAUCGGCACUAAAGUCACUGAACUCAACUUGAAUUACAGGAAGACUCAAUCUAGAGAGACUGGUUUACUCAAGGAGUUGGCCAAUCUCAAAGCAACUGCUGUCUUUGAAAAGUUCAAGAAAGAUAAAGUUGCUUAUAUCUACAGAGCUGACAAUUCGCCAGAGUAUUUGACGGCGUGCCAAAAGGAGCUCCUUACACUCAUCAACUCCAACAAGGACAGUGGAGUGAAUGUGUCUGACAACAACACUGUGGUAUUUAUUAAUGGAGACUACAAGUCUGGAACUGGCGGAAUGGUCAAGAUCAUGGGCCCCAAGGCAGAAGAGCUUCUGAAGGAGAUCAAAAACCUCGUCAAAAACAUCAAAGGAGGCGGCAAAGGCGCCAGUUUCCAAGGCAAAAUCACCAAGUACGAGAAAGGUGAGAUAGAAAACGUAUUAGAAUACUUAGAGCAGCAAGACUAG